UCAACCGAGCGGAUUCGUGCGUGACGCCUGUGACGUAUUAUAUCGGUUUGCUCUUCGGUCAAUCAAUGUUAAUUUCCCUUCCAAUUUGAGCACAUUUCAAUAUUAAGCAUAAGAUACUCAUAAGCUCUAGUGUACCCUGGUGUAAUUAAAUAUAAUUUUGGUUCAGCAUUAACGUGCAAUCUAUAGCAGCGAGAUGGAGAUUGAGAUCCUGAACGCCGCUGGAUCUAAGCCUUUGGGCAAGAUUGUAAUAAAUGAAAGCACCACUGUAAAGAAUGUGAAAGACAAGAUCUAUCAGACCGUCAAGCGAUCAUUGUACCCCGACCGGCAAGCUAUUAAGUUAGAGGCUAAAGGAAAGACUUUAAGAGAUGAAGAAAAUCUAAGCGCAUUAAACAUUCAAGAUGGAUCUAAAUUGUAUGUUAAAGAUUUAGGACCUCAAAUAUCCUGGAGAAACGUGUUUUUGGCUGAAUAUGCUGGACCAUUAGUUAUUUUCUUAUGGGUCUAUCAAAGACCCUGGGUUCUGUAUGGAGUCACUACAACUGCCCCUGGGACAGUGGCAAGUGUAGCAACUGCAUGCUGGUCCAUGCACUAUGGCAAGCGGCUGUUGGAGACCCUGUUUGUUCACCGUUUCUCCCAUGGCACGAUGCCACUGCGCAACUUGUUUAGGAACUGCGCUUACUAUUGGCUGUUCACUGUGUAUGUGGCUUACCAUAUCAACCAUCCUCUCUACACGGCUCCUUGCAAUACCUGCUUCUAUGUUGGACUCACAGGAUUUGUUCUGUGUGAGUUGGGAAAUCUGAGCAUCCAUAUACUUCUGAAGAACUUGCGUCCUCCUGGCACCAAAGUGAGGCGCGUCCCUGUGCCCGAUGGAAACCCCUUCUCUCUUCUCUUCAACUUUGUAUCCUGUCCUAACUACACUUACGAGUUUGGCUCGUGGCUCUUCUUCACUAUCAUGACUAAAUGCGCUCCAGCUGGACUUUUUGCUGCGGCUGGUUUCUAUCAGAUGGCCGUGUGGGCUAUCGGCAAACACCGCAACUACAAGAAGGAAUUCGCCGACUACCCCAAGGGACGUAAAGCGAUCUUGCCAUUUAUUCUAUAAGCAUUUAUUUAUUUUAAUGUAGUAGCUAUUGUAUGUGCAAUGCUAUUAGACGAGGACUCAUCAGUCACAAAUAUACUCCUACGUCUUACUUCUAUGGUCGGGUAUUAGAUAGGUAUAACUUGGGUGACGGCUUGUAUGUAUUGUAUGAAUGCGCUGGCAUUAAGAAAUUAAUUUAUAUUUUUUCAAAUAUAUUUACGUUAUCGCAUAGGGUUUAUUUAGUUUUAUAUUAAAGAACUUGUUUUUACAUUAAAAUGCCCAACGAUAGACGACACUUACGUUUAAUAAAAAACAUUUCUAUGAAAA